CGUCAUGUAAAAAUAUAUCGGUUGACGUCAUAUUCCUCGUGAAUCAAAUAUGGCCGACUCCAGUGAUUCAGAGCAGUUUUCAGACGGGGAGAGUGAUGGUGAUUUUGAAGUUUUAAGCGGUAGCUCAGAAUCUGAAGAUGAGAUGAAUGAUGUUCCAAUGAAUGCCAAUCCUUGGUUUCGAGUUAGACCUCCGGAGAUUGACUAUUUACACGACCAAAGAUUUGUAGAGAACAGUGGCCCUCAGAAUGUCCCUGCUGCCGACGCUAAACCUAUCGACUACUUCUUGCUGUUUCUGACACUUGAUUUUCUACGACACAUUGUCAGAGAGACAAACAGGUAUGCACAAGACUUCAUCACUAGUCAGCAGAGGAUAAGAAGAUUUUCGCGUCUUCAUUCCUGGUUUAAAGUUGGUGCUGUAACUUUAGAUGAGAUGAAAGGAUUUAUAUCAGUAAUACUUAACAUGGGCCUCAUACGUAAACCAUCCAUUACAGAAUAUUGGAACACCAAAUUUAAAAGUCAGGAUACUGUUUGGUUUCGUAACAUGUUUUCUAGAAAUCAGUUUCAGAGCAUUUUUAAUUUUUUUCAUAUCGUAGAUAAUAAUACAAUACCGAAUCGGAACGACGAUAAUUAUUCACCUACAUCAAAAUUUCAGUGCUUUGUUGAUCUUUUUAAUCGACAGUCGAAACACCAUUACAUUCCAAAACAGAACCUAAGUAUUGACGAAAGCUUAAUCGCAUCUAAAGGCCGGUCAUCAAUAAUACAAUAUAUUCCUUCAAAAGCGGCGAAAUUUGGAGUCAAACUUUGGGUAUUAGCCGAGGCCGUCAGUGGCUAUAUUUGUCAAAUCAGUGUUUACAAAGGCAAACAAUAUGACCCAACACCACAAAGAAUGUUACAGGGUGCUUACGUAGUCAACAAACUGUUAGAUGCCGCAGGAUUGUUUAACAAAGCUUAUCAUUUAUUUACUGACAGUUUUUUCUCCUCAAUUAACCUGGCUAAAGAGCUUUUAGCAAAAGGAACAUUGUUCACUGGAACAUUACGCGCUAAUCGGCAAAUGCCAAACACAAUCAAGAAUCCUGUUUUGCAGGAAAAGGAGAGCAUUUAUAUUAGACAAGGAAGAAUUCUGUUAUGUGCAUAUAAAGAAAGGAAUGGUCGAAAACCAGUUAGAAUCAUAUCCUCUUUUUCUAAAGCAGCACAAGAAAAUGAUAAACCGGCUUUGAUUUGCUCGUAUAAUAAAUUUAUGGGGGGCGUAGAUUUGGCUGACAUGAUGACAGAGAGUUACAAUGAUGGACAAAAAACGUUAAAGGUUUGGAAAAAGGUUGUUUUUAAUCUUAUGCACCGUAUGGUAAUAAAUGCAUACAUUAUUUAUAAAGAAAACACUUCCGAUAAUCCGAAAUUGUCGAGACUAUCCUUCACACAAAGACUGAUAGAGGAUCUCGCUAAAAAUCACAUGGUGCUAAGAAACGAAAACCAAGACGACAAUAGACAAAAUAAGAACAAAAACGGGAUCAGAAAGUUGCCCGGUCACAGAGAAAAAGAUUGCGAUGUAUUUUCAGACAGAAAUGGUUACGGGGGUCGAAGGAGGAGUAGGACUGUAUGUCGAGUUUGCGGAAAAGGUGUUCACCGGGAAUGUAAAGACAACCAUUUAUGUGUUGAAUCAUGA